AUGUCCGUAGCUUCUCCUAAUCCCGCCUUGGCACUGCAGAGUAAACGCUGGAAUGGCCUCCGUCAUCUGUUGGAACGCGAAGGUCCCUUCUGUAAGGGUGAUUUUUCACCAUCUCCCGACAAUCUGGAGUUCCUGCAAACCAAGUGCAAAGUUUUGGUCAUUGGAGCCGGCGGAUUAGGCUGUGAGCUUCUAAAGGAUCUGGCUCUUGUCGGCUUUGGGGAUCUGCAUGUGAUUGAUAUGGACACCAUUGAAUUAUCAAAUCUCAAUCGUCAGUUUCUUUUCCGUCGCUCGGAUAUUGGAGCGUCCAAAGCGGAGUGUGCAGCCAGAUUUAUCAAUGGACGUGUGCCCACUUGCCGGGUGACACCGCAUUUCAAACGAAUUCAGGAUUUCGAUGAAACAUUCUAUAGCCAGUUCCAUUUGAUCGUUUGCGGCCUGGAUUCAAUUGUGGCAAGGCGAUGGAUCAAUGGUAUGCUCCUGUCCAUGUUGCGCUACGAAGAUGGUUCCAUUGAUGUUAGUUCCAUAGUGCCCAUGAUUGAUGGCGGAACCGAGGGUUUCAAAGGCAAUGCUCGUGUUAUUCUACCAGGAUUCACGGCCUGCAUAGAAUGUACAUUGGAUUUGUUUCCUCCUCAAGUGAAUUACCCCUUGUGCACCAUAGCAAAUACUCCCCGGUUACCGGAACAUUGCAUUGAGUAUGUGAAACUCAUACAAUGGGAUAAGGAGAGUCCAUUCAACUCCGUGCCUUUGGAUGGCGAUGAUCCACAACAUAUUGGUUGGAUCUAUGAGCGAUCUCUUGAACGUGCCAGUGAAUUUAAUAUAACUGGGAUCACCUAUAGACUAGUGCAGGGUGUCAUCAAACACAUUAUUCCCGCUGUGGCCAGCACAAAUGCUGUGAUAGCAGCCGCCUGCGCCUUGGAGGUGUUCAAAUUGGCUACGAGUUGCUAUGACAGCAUGGCCAACUAUCUCAAUUUUAAUGAUCUCGAUGGUAUUUACACAUACACAUAUGAGGCCGAGAAGUCAGAGACAUGUUUAGCCUGCAGUAAUACACCCCAAUUACUGCCCAUUGAAGAUCCCAAUACCACAACUCUGGAAGAUGUGAUUAAAUUGUUAUGCGAAUCGGCUAAAUAUCAAUUAAAAAGUCCUGCUCUGACUACUGUGACCAAGGAGGGCAAGCAGAAGACUUUGUAUCUGGGGACGGUGAAGAGCAUUGAGCAGGCGACACGCAAGAAUCUGACCCAAUCUCUGGGAGAAUUGGGCUUGGAGGAUGGUCAACAGUUGACCGUUACCGAUAUUACCUCACCAACCGCCAUCACCUUGCAGUUGAAAUAUCAAGCAAAUGAAGUGGAAAUGAUUUGAGAUUAUAAUUUAUAAUUUUGGUUUUUCUUCGAUUUAGACAUUAAAU